AAAGAGAUUCUGUACUUGGAUUCGUUUCCUCUCUACUUCUAGUUCUACGUGGUGCCUGAAUCCCAAAUCCUUGUAAUUUAUUUAUCCGAACAAUCAAAAUAAAAACAACUUGGUUGAUUGAGAGAGAGUAUUCAACUAUCUAUGGCGGUUGUGAGAACUUGCUUGUUGAAGGUUUUGUCUCAUCGUCGUAAUCGCAACCCUUUGGUUUCUUACCUCUCACACUCACCACCACCUCUUACUACUACUACUACCGCUGCUUCUACUACUACUACUACUACUACUCCAAUGCACUCCUUCACCCUCUCCGCUUCCCUUUCCACUUCCCACACCACCACCCGCUCCAAACCAAUGUGCUUGUACCACACACAGGGAAAAUGCACCAAGAUGGAUGAUCUUAUUCACCUUGACAAGUUUAAUCAUGAUUGCUCCAGAGACCUUCAAGUCAAUAUUGCUGAUUUAAACAAAAUACGCUCACAGAAUCUAGACUUUUUCCUUGUACUUGAUUUAGAGGGCAAGGUUGAGAUUCUUGAGUUUCCAGUUCUAAUGAUUAAUGCUAAAACAUUACACGUUGAAGACAUUUUCCACAGGUUUGUGAGACCCUCAAAGAUGACGGAACAAAUAAUUAAUGAAUAUAUUGAAGGAAAGUAUGGAAAAAUUGGAGUUGAUAGAGUUUGGCAUGACACUGCCAUACCAUUCACGGAAGUUAUUGAUGAAUUUGAAGCUUGGUUAAUGCAACAAAAGCUAUGGAUUGGAGGUGAACUUAAUCGUGCAGCAUUUGUUACUUGUGGAAAUUGGGAUUUGAAAACAAAGGUCCCUCAACAGUGUGAAGUGUCAAGGAUGAAGCUUCCCCUCUAUUUUAUGGAGUGGAUUAAUCUCAAAGAUAUCUAUCUGAACUUUUAUAAUAGGAGGGCCACAGGAAUGGUUACAAUGAUGAAGGAACUGCAAAUACCUUUGGUGGGAAGUCAUCAUCUUGGCAUUGAUGACACAAAGAACAUAGCAAGAGUACUGCAGCACAUGCUUAUUGAUGGUGCACUCGUUCAGAUUACAGCAAGGAAGAAUGCUAGGUCUCCUCAAGAUGUCAACUUUCUUUUCAAGAACCGUAUCAGAUAGAGCGGACUUGUCAAUGGAUUUUGUAACUUUUGUACUCGUAAAUUUCAGUACUAAAUUGUUGUGUUGAAUUUAGUUGUAAAGGCAAAUUGUGACGUGAGUGAAAUAUUGUAAAUUUUAAAACAAACUGCCACUGUGUUUAUGAUCA